CUCGAUCGUAUAAUUUCGUUGCCACCAUUGCAAGGGUGCCCUCAAGGCCAAACGCAAAAGAAAAGAGGGCGUGGUUAUGACAAGCCAAAGUGGGGAAAAUCUGGCAAGGAGUCUAUUGCAUUCACAGAGGAUGGAUUGUGCGUUGACCCCAAGGAUGCCCAGCUGUCUAGGUACUUAGGUAGCCUAGCAAAAAAUUCAAGGUUUCUUCCCCUCAAGCGUAUAGAUUGGCGGUUGCAUGAUGAUACUACCAUGGAUCAUGUGUGGAAAACAAUAUAUGAUACCAUAGAUUGGCGGCCUGAAGAUGUUCCCAAUAUUCCUAAAAUCCGACUUGUAAUGUUGCAAAGAUUGUCUGAUAGGUGCAGAAACUAUAAGGCAAGUUUAAAAGCUAAGUAUUACACUCCCUAUGUUGGUUUGCCAGAACGAUUUUUGUGUGGAGAUGAUCGUGUAGAUCGCGACCAAUGGCGGGCAAUGGUUAACUAUUGGGACACUGAUCCAAAAAAUAAAGUUAGAUGUGAGAAGAAUAUUGAAAGCCGCAAGAGGCAAAAAAUGAAUCACACUGGUGGCACAAAGAGCUUCGCACGACACAUGGCUGAUUAUGAGAAAAAACAUGGUCGCAAACCCGAUCCCAUUGAGAUGUUUUAUAUAGUGCACAAACGGCGAGAUGAAAACAAAAGUUGGAUAGAUGAUGCAUCGGAGGAAUUGGCGGUUAAGAUCUCACGGGAAUUAACGAGUUUGGUUGAAACCCAUGGCGAGGAAACAUCAGAACUAAGGCAACAAGCUUAUGUAGCAGCAAGGGGUUUAGAGACUCGUGGUAGAGUUCGUGGUUAUGGAAGAGGGGGGACGCCAGAAAUGAUUCCUUGGGUGGCACAAACUCAGCCAACAUCUUCAUCACUUCGAUCACGUACUGGGCGAGCAUAUGCUAAUUUGCAAUCUCAAUAUUCAGAACUUGAGGAAAAGUAUGAGCGACAACAAAAAGAGUUGGAUGAGUUGAAACAGAUGAUCACUUCAGGGAAAGCACAUCCGCAUCAACAAUCUUCCUCCCAACAACAGUCUAACUCCCAGCAGCGGUCUCCAUACCAACAACAGUCAACUUCCGAACAAAUUCGUCGUCCGCGAUCUCCUUCCCAACAACACUCAGCUUCCCAGCACACUCCGACAUCGUACCCAUAUCCUCCAUAUCAGCAUCUUCCACCGUAUCCGUAUACAUCAUCUUCGCAGUUCUACUACCCCCAUCCAUACCAGCCACCUUUGUACCACCCAGUGCCACACCCACCUGGAGAGUUUACAACAAUGCUCAAUGAUUCAGAUUUUAUGCAGCAGAUGAUGCCACCAAAUGAUAGGAAUGGCAGGGAUGAAAGUUAGAUAUUUUUACAUUCAUGUUGAAUGUCAACUUUGUUGGUUAUUUAAGUUAUUGUUAAGUACUAUUUGUCACACGCUUUUUAAGCAA